GGUGCAAAUAACAACAAUGGCCCAUUUGGAUGUCUUGUUUCCAGGACUUGUUUGGUUUCUCUGCCUCUUUAGCUUCUUGUGCAGCCUACCAAAAGCCACCUGCAACAAAACUGAAGAUGAUAGACAAGCUCUCCUUUGCUUCAAGUCGCGGCUCUCAUCUCAAGCAGGAGUUUUAGCUUCAUGGAGCAACACGUCCUUGGACGUUUGCGGCUGGCAUGGCAUCACCUGCAGCACAAUGUCUCCUCGCCGUGUGAUUGCACUAGACCUUGAAUCAGAAGGCAUCUCAGGCUCCAUACCACCUUGCAUUGCCAAUCUGACCUCACUUACAAGGAUGCAAUUCUCAAAUAAUAGCUUCCAUGGCAAAAUACCUUCUGAGCUUGGCACGCUGAGCCAGCUCAGCAACCUCAACCUCAGCAUGAACACUUUGGAAGGUAACAUACCAUCUGAACUCUAUGCAUGUUCACACCUUCAAAUUCUUGAUUUGGGGAGCAAUUCCCUCCACGGAGAGAUCCCCCCUAACUUAGGUCAAUGCAAGAAUCUUCAAGAGAUUAAUCUUAGCAACAAUAAGAUACAAGGAAGCAUCCCUUCUUCUUUUGCAAACCUUCCUGCGCUGCGCAGACUAGUUCUUGCUAGCAACAGGCUUACCGGCAACAUACCACCGUCUUUGGGCAGCAGCCCUUCUCUCACAUAUGUCUAUCUUGGGAUGAAUGCUCUAACAGGCAUCAUCCCAGAGUCCCUAGCAAACAGUUCAUCCAUACAAGUACUUUGGCUCAUGAACAAUAACUUUACUGGAGAAUUACCAAAGGCUCUCUUCAACACAUCAUCUCUUCUUAAGAUUUCCCUCCGACAGAACAACCUUGUUGGUCAUUUGCCUUCUGUUACUGCCACCUCCCCCCCUAUUCAAUACCUCGAUUUAAGGGAUAACCAUAUUUCAGGGAGAAUACCUUCCUCGCUAGGGAACCUUUCUUCCCUUAUUGAUCUCCUUCUUAUGGAGAAUGAUUUAGUUGGGAACAUACCAGACAGCUUAGGCCAUAUCCCAACACUACAGAGACUGGCCUUGAGUGUGAACAACUUAUCUGGGACAGUUCCACCAUCUCUCUUCAACAUGUCAUCACUGAUAUAUCUUGGCAUAGCAAAUAACUCUCUUGGUGGAAGCAUACCCUCCAACAUUGGUUACACACUCCCAAAUAUUCAGGCAUUAAUCCUCUCAGCAAACAAGUUUGAUGGCCCAAUCCCAGCUUCUCUUGCCAAAGCAUACAACCUUCGUAUGCUUUACCUGAAUAGCAACAGCCUAACUGGGUCCAUACCCUUCUUUGAGUCAUUGCCUAACUUAGAGGAGCUUGCUUUGGCAUACAACAAGCUAGACGCAGGAAACUGGGGAUUUAUCUCUUCACUCAUAAAUUGUACUAGGCUGACUAAAUUGAUGCUGUCUGGGAAUAAUCUCCAAGGGAAAUUGCCAAGUUCUAUUGGCAAACUUUCAGAUAGCCUUGAAUGGUUAUGGCUAAGGGAGAACAAAAUUUCUGGGCCUAUACCACUGGAAAUUGGCAAUCUUAAGAGCCUCAGUAGUCUAUACAUGGAUUACAAUCUUAUCACUGGUAAUAUACCGACAACAAUUGGGAAUUUACACAACAUGGUGUUUCUAUCAUUUGCUCACAACAGACUUUCAGGGCAAAUCCCGGAUACUAUUGGUAAUCUAGGUCAGCUAAGUGAACUGAAAUUGGAUGGCAACAAUCUUAGUGGUAGUAUACCUCAAAGUAUAGGCCGUUGUAAUCGACUCCAAAUACUGAACCUUGCUCACAACUCACUAGAUAGCAGUAUACCAAGCAAUAUCUUCAAGAUUUCUUCACUUUCUGAAUUGUUGGACUUGUCACACAAUUACUUGUCUGGAGGAGUGCCAGUGGAAGUAGGUAGUCUCAUUAAUCUGAACAAAAUUAGCAUAUCAAACAACAGGUUGUCUGGCAACAUCCCAUCCACGCUUGGACAGUGUGUGGUUCUGGAGUAUCUUGAGAUGGAAAGCAACUUCAUUGUCGGAAGCAUUCCACGAACUUUUGCCAACUUAGUCAGCUUGAAAAUGAUAGAUAUUUCUCACAACAACUUGUCCGGAAAUAUUCCAGAGUUCUUCACAUCCUUGAGUACCCUACAAUAUCUCAAUUUAUCCUUCAACAAUUUUUAUGGAGAAAUUCCAAGUGGUGGUGUUUUUCACAAUAAUAGUGCAAUAUCAAUAGAAGGAAAUGAUGAUUUGUGCACUAAUAGCAUUGCAAUAGAUGGUAUAACUUUUUGUUCCACAUGGAAAGAGAAGCACAAUUCACUGGCCUUAGUGCUACGAAUAGUUAUGCCAACCAUUGUUCUUGUUAUAUUAAGCUUGAUAUGUGUUGCAAUAAUUUAUUGGAGGAAGAGAAUGCAAGUAACACCACAUUUGCAAGAGUUCAGUCAGAGAAUAAAGAAUAUAUCAUAUGAAGAAAUUGCAAGGGCAACAGAUAGGUUCUCUUCAGAAAACAUAAUCGGAUCAGGAUCAUUUGGAAUUGUUUAUAAGGGCAUAUUGAAUUGUCAUCAAGAUCAAGUUGCCAUCAAGGUUUUCAACCUUAACAUUUAUGGAUCAGAUAGGAGCUUUAUUGCAGAGUGUGAAGCCCUACGAAAUGCCCGUCAUCGAAAUCUAGUUAAAAUCAUCACUUCCUGCUCUUCGGUGGAUUCUAUCGGUGAAGAUUUCAAGGCCCUAGUGUUUCAGUACAUGCCGAAUGGUAACCUAGAAAUGUGGCUACAUCCGCAAGCCACUGAACAUGGUGAAAGAAAUAUUUUGACUCUAAACCAAAGGAUCAAAAUUUGUUUGGAUGUAGCAUUUGCAUUGGAUUAUCUCCAUAAUCAGUGUGCAUCCCCACUAAUACACUGCGACUUGAAGCCGGGCAACAUUCUUUUGGAUGUUGACAUGGCUGCAUAUGUCACCGACUUUGGCCUAUCAAGAUUUCAAUGCACUACAUCAAAUGCACAACUAGAGAGUUCAAAAAGAUUGGCUGGCCUAAGAGGAUCAAUCGGAUACAUCCCACCAGAAUAUGGCAUGAGCGAAGAGAUAUCAACCAAGGGCGACGUCUACAGUUUUGGAGUGCUUCUUUUACAUAUAAUGACAGCUUGUAGUCCAACUGACAAAAAAUGCAAUGAUAGUGCAAGCCUUCAUGAAUUUGUCGAUAGAGUAUACCCAAAUAAUAUUCAUGAGGUUGUUGAUCCAACAAUGCUGCAAGAUGAAAGCAAUGCGACUGAAGUGAUGAGGAGUUGUGUCAUUCCACUUGUUAGAAUAGGCCUCGCUUGCUCCAUAACAUCUCCCAGAGAGCGCCCUGACAUGGAACAAGUUUCCACAGAGAUCCUUAGUAUAAUGCAUGUGGCCUCACACAUGGGCGUGAAAUGAAGCAAGGAUUUGGCAGGAUGGUAGGUAGCAACGGGAAGUUCAUGUAUACUAGAAGGAUUGGUGCACUUUGAUGUGAUCAGUUG